ACCGAGAGGAGGAGGAGUUCCCCAUUAAAAGCUUCGUCACCUUACGCUUUCCAAUUCUCUCUCUCUCUUCUCUCUCUCUCUGAUCAGGCGCUUUAUCCCUCGAAGCUUUUCUCCCAGUAAAAGCCCUGGAAAUUUCCAAAAGCUCGAUUGAAUUCAGGUUGGUGCAUCACAUUUAUAUGUAUACGAUAUAUCUAAAUCUGAAGUGAAGAAUCCAUCAGUCUCGAAGUUCACUGGUCAUUUGUGGCAUUUGUUUUACUAACAAGAAAGAUUCGUUUAUAAGUUUAAAAAUCAAUCAGCGUAGCUUUCUUACACAAGAAUCUUCCAACUGGAACCUUGCAAUAUGUCGAGUGGAUCCGUUAGACGGGUCUCACGUGAAGAUAUACAACUGGUGCAAAACCUUAUCGAGCGAUGUCUCCAGCUUUACAUGAACCAGAAGGAAGUGGUAGAUACCUUACUGGAUCAGGCAAAAAUAGAGCCUGGUUUCACAGAACUUGUUUGGCAGAAACUUGAGGAAGAGAAUCGGGAAUUCUUCAGGGCUUAUUAUUUAAGACUGAUGGUGAAGCACCAAAUAAUAGAAUAUAACAACUUGCUUAAGCAACAGGUGGAGUUGAUGAGUCAGUUACACUCAAGUAAAGUUGCUUCAAUAUCUAGUUCCAAUGGAUCUCAAAUUUCAUCAAUGCACCAAAACUCGACUUGCUACGCACCAGAGCAGGUAGGACCAGCGCUGAAGACAGAAAAUAUACACCACCAAGUUGCUUCCUGCCUACCUAAUGCAUUUACUAAUGGUGGGUCGACAUUGCACACUAGUAUGCACAAUGCUGUUAAAAUGUCUGCUCAUACCAAUAGGAUUGAUGUCCAACCAAACAUGCUUCCGAACCAGAGCUCCAACAUAGGUCUGAUGCAAGGAAUGAAUGGGGGAAUUGUCAAAUCAGAAGUUGGAUAUUCAGGCAGUUCAUACAUGUUUAGUGCUGAUGGAAACAUCCUGGAAACGCGGCCCGCUAUUGGAGAUGCUUCUGUUGCAGCAUUCAAUAGCGUAGAGUCGAACUCACAACCCCUAAAUGAAUCACUGCUUGAUGCAGACUGUUCGUCAUUUGGUUUUUUAGGUCAGAUUCCUCGAAAUUUCAGCCUGUCGGAUCUGACAGCUGACUUUUCUCAGAGUUCAGACAUACUGGAGAGCUAUCCUAGAUCACCCUUCUUGGCUACAGAUAAUGACAACUUUCUGGAUUCUCGUGAUAGAGAACAUCAAGGAGACAAUAACAGAUUGGACACCAUUUCAGAAGGUGUAAGUUAUGAAGAUUUUGGCAGUGAAUAGUUAUAACAUUAAAAUCCAAAAGGAAAUUUUCAAACCUAGGACAGAAGGGUUUGUACAUACACCAUUUAAGAUUUUGGCUGGUGUGUAAAAUUCACUGAUGGUAGUGAGAAUGACAGUUAGAGUGGUUCCGUACAACAAGUGGACAGCAACGCUGGACACCGCUGUGGAAGCCUUUUUUUUGUUAUCUUGGAUAUUCUGCUAGCUGCAGGUUUUAUUUUCAGUUGGUUUUGGAGGUAUAUUUAUCGUAGAAAUGUAUGUCGUUUGUUCUAAUGACAAUGACGGUCGUGAUGUGAUGUUACAAAAAAGGAGGAAAAGGAAAACCAAUGCUUCAGUUAGAAUUGUUGACAGUUGUUAAAGAAAUUUGGCUGUUUUGGUUGGUUGAUCUAAUGAAGAAAUGUAGUUUUGUUUA